AUGCUGUACGCACCAUCCUUUCCGCUCUUGCUGCUCUUGCUGGCGAUGCCUGCCCCGACCCGUGCGUGGUCACGGCCCCUGUGGUACCAGGUAGGGCUGGACUUACAGCCCUGGGGGUGCCAGCCCAACAGCCUAGAUGGUUGCGGAGUCAGCCUGGGCUGUUCCGGCCGCUGGUUAGGCCUGGGGACGAACCGCAUCUACCCUGUGGCUGGGGUCACACUCACCACUACUGUGAUGCUGGUGAUCAGCCGUAAGGUGCUGCAGUGGCGGCGCCCACAGGCCAGUAAGAGUGAGCCUUCGAAGGUCACCACUGACCCCUCUGGAUCCUGGAAACGGCGGACCCCGAUCUCAGACCGAGCCCUGCUCCUUGGGGUCCUGCACAUGCUGGAUGCCCUCCUGGUCCAAAUCGAGGGCCACCUACAGCAUCUGGCCACUCGUCAGCCACUGCAAAUAAAGGGGAUUCCCACCUAG